AUCUGGUACCGACGGUGUUAAGAAAGCGUCUACACCACGGAUGUCAGGUACCGACGAUGUUAAGAAAGCGUCUACACCACGGAAAUCUGGUACAGAUGGCGUUAAGACAUCGUCUUCACCAUGGAUGUCUGGUACUGACAGCAUUAAGACAGCGUCUACACCAAAAAUUCUGAGCUGUAAUCAAUUUCGACCGUUCACAGUAAGAUGGUUCUUGAAUGGUACUAUCCAAGUGGAGAAAAGCAGUAAAAUUGUAUUGAAAUGGACUGAUCCAUUCCCAAUAUCUGUUCAUGGCUUAGGUAUUAUGACGUCAUUUGGUUCAACAGGAUCCUGGAUACUGGAACGAAAUGAAGACAAAUUCUCAAAGUCAAAAUUUGGAACAACAGCCAAUCCUACAGCAACAGUCAGUACUUCUACAACAAUUAUUUCUAAACCAAUAGAAAUUCAUACACAAACAGCAAUUUCAACAACUACAGCCAUUCCUGAAACAACCAAUCGUAAAAUAACAACCAUACCUACAGCCAUAGCCAUUUCAUCGACAAGUACGUUUACAACAACAACAUCAACCGAUCUUAAAUCGGCAAUCAUUUCUACACUAACAACCAUUCCAAAAACAACAGUCAGUCAUAAACAACAAACCAUUCAGACAGUAAAUCUAUUCCAAAGACAACGACGAGUACGAAAAAAGAGGGUCAUAUCUCUACAAAUAAAUAUAGGACCAAUUCCUACAACAAAAAUUCCUUCAACAACAAAAAUUCCAUCACCUAAACCAAUCCCACCAACAACAACAAUCCCAUCAACAACAACAAUUUCUACAACAACAAGAACAAUCCCAUCAACAACAACAAUUCCAUCAACAACAACAAUCCCAUCAACAACAACAAGUUCUACAACUACAACAACAAUCCCAUCAACAACAACAAGUUCUACAACUACAACAACAACAAGUUCUACAACUACAACAACAAUCCCAACAACAACAAGUUCUACAACUACAACAACAAUCCCAACAACAACAACAAUUCCACCAACAACAAUCCCAACAACAACAACAAGUUCUACAACUACAACAACAAUCCCAACAACAACAACAAUUCCACCAACAACAAUCCCAACAACAACAACAAGUUCUACAACUACAACAACAAUCCCAUCAACAACAACAAGUUAUACAACUACAACAACAAUCCCAACAACAACAACAAUUCCACCAACAACAAUCCCAACAACAACAACAAGUUCUACAACUACAACAACAAUCCCAACAACAACAACAACAAUUCCACCAACAACAACAAUCCCAUCAACAGCAGCAAUCCUAUCAACAACCACUAUUCCAACAGAUCAUAGCUCAACAUCUUCUACUACAACUUGUACAUGCACAUGCAAACAACAACAACAUAAUUAUACUCUUCACGAAUUGCAACAAUUCUUAGCACCACAGUUAGAUGAAAUUAGAAAUGAUAUGAUGGUAGAUGUCACCAGUUUGUCUAGGGCGAUACGUAAACGGACAAGCGCUCCCGAUGACCGUACGUCAGCGAAAAGAUUAGGAAUGAUUGGUGUAGCUGUAAUCACUAUAGUAAUAGGAUGCGUUGUACUUAGUGAUAUUUCUUCCGCGGUAAUGACAAUCAGAUAGAUUAAAAUCAUAUCGUAUGUAUUUUCUGUUGUUGUGUUGCUGUCUGAUGGACGUAUAUUCAAUAUCUCCUUCAUUUUAAUUGCGCAUGUAGUAGAUACAAAACGUUAUAUUUCUCCUUUUUCUGUAUUUGGAAUGAUAAUUCGAUGACUAAUGAGAAACAGAAUAGUAACUCUCUACGGAUGAGACACAAGGUAAACAAAUUAAGUGCCAGUCUUUGUAAGAAUCGGGCAAUUUAGAAAAAAAUCAAAACAUGGGCGAAAAAACACACCAACCUAACCACCCUAUUUUGAAGGUACCCUCAUCCUGAGUUUGAAAUGGUAGGUCUUUCGUUUCUGCGUGUCUGGUAAUUCGAGAAAUAUCUAGAUAAAUAAUGGUGAGAAUGAUAGCAAAUUACGGAGUUAUCUCCCCCUAAUUGUUAUUUUCUAGUGCAUUUCAACCAAAUUAUAUCUUGAAUUACCAGAACAGGGAAAGUAAACGAAUGUUAUAUUCAUGCACCAUUAUACAUUCUGAACUUGAAUAAACGUAAAGCUGAGUGGGUUUUGUGUUUGUCAUGUUUUCAUCACUGCCUGAUUCUUAGGCAGAUUGGUAC